AUGACAAGGCCCAAGGUCCCUGAUGACAAGAGGAUACGUACCGCCCAGGCCUGCGAGUCCUGCAAGCGUCGGAAGCAAAAGUGCAACGGGCUAAAGCCUUGCAACACUUGCACGAAGCGAAACUUGGUCUGUGAUUACCUGCCAGGCCACGGGCAUGGCCACUCAACACCACAUCAUGGCGGCCAAAGCGAGAUCGUGGUGUCGGGCUCGUCACCAAAUAAACGUAGGAAGUCGACCCCAGACACCAUGGAGUCCGAUGAGGCAGCGGCCCCGAAAAGGGCCAGGUUCGGGGGUGGUGACGUACAGACAGCCCCCUCGAAGCAGGCCGUGGAGACAACCGAGCCGUCGAGGCUCCUGGGCCUCCCGACGCCGGUACCUGCACCAGCCAUACCCGGCCAGCCCCAUCGGGAGGGCGAGCCGGAGCCCGAGGCCGAACCAGAGACCACAUCAAGACAAAGCACCGUGAGCGGUGCCGACGAGGUUGCUGAGGUGUACACGGAGACACGCAUGCUUCAAGAUCCCACUGGGAGACUUUUGUACCUGGGCGAUUCCGCUACGCUGUCCUACCUGCAGUUCAUUCGCAUGAUAGUCGAGAGCGUGGAUGGGCCCUCACAGUUCACCAUGGACCCCAGCCGCCACCGGCUGAUGGAGCUAACGACGAGCCUGCCCCCGGAUUAUCGCACGUCACUCCUGCUCCCAGACCGGAGGACGGCAGAUGUUCUCAUUCGAUCGUACCUGACCAACACCAACGGCCUCAUUGAGGUGUUCGACAGAAAAGUCUUCGACCAGCGGCUCGAAGCCUGCUAUCAGAACCCGCUGGCAGCCGAGCCCACCUUCCUAUGCUUGCUCUAUCUUGUCUUCGCAAUUGGGCUCGUCCUCGCCACACCAGCUCCCGGUAGCCAUGAUGAUAGCAUCAUCAAAAACUUGCAAACGAGCACAGCAGACCGUGCCGAGAUGUUCUUCAUGAAUGCCAAGUGCUUAUGUGACCCGACGUCCGGCUUCGAAGAUGCCGAUUUCUGGAGCGUCCAGGCCCUCUUGCUCAUGUCGCUCUUCAAGUUGGCGAGGACAAAACGCAACGCUGCGUAUGCUUACCAUGGCAUGGCGGUGAGGUCUGGCUUUGCCCUCGGGCUCCACAGGCAGGAAACAAUGGUCAUAUUCCCAGUCCCCGACCGCAUCGUGAGGAGGAACGUCUGGAGGAGCCUUUACAUCCUCGACCGUUUCCUUGCAGCCGCGUUGGGCCGGCCAACAUCUAUCUCGGAAGAAGACUGCUCAGCAGAGGCGCUUGUCACACCCGAAAGAUACCUGGGGCAAGAGAAAUAUCUCGCUGACACAAACACUGACCCUUCGUCAUCGGGCGGCCUGAACGCCGCCGUGCGGAGCUGUCAGGUGAUUGGCAUCAUACUGAAGAAGAUCUACGCCCAGCGCAAAAUUUCGACGAGGCUCGCCCAGGAGAUUUCAGAACAAUGUAAAGGCGGCCCUCAGAAAUACCACGCCGGCCUGCACUGGCGACAGGCUAUGAAUACGGGGAUUAAUCCGGCACAUGGCAUGGCAGUUAUCCACGUGAACCUGCUCUACUGUCACGCGGUCAUCCUUUUGACCAGGCCAUUCUUCCUCUUCCUCAUGAACAGGAUGCAGCAGGAGAGGCUUGGGAUCCCACGAGCAGCCAUUCGGCCUGGCUCAAAGAUGGAAAAAUUCUCCGAGGCCUGUGUCAACGCUGCGUACCACACCGUGUCUCUGGUACAGAUGGGUCAUGAGGGCGGCUACCUGCCGCAGCGUGACCCGUUCAUAAUACACUUUCUCUUCGCUGCUGCCCUGGUGGUACAAAGCAACGAGUUCGCCUCCCUACACAAGAACCCGUCGUACGGCGAGACCUACCACCAGGCGCUCUCCAUCAUGACAUACUGCGCCAAGACGGACCCGCAGGCCAGCCGGCUGGUGUACAUCAUGACGACGUUCCACAACGUGAUCGUAUCGCGGGCGCCAGCGACCUCGUCUCUGCGCGACCCGGCCUCGAUACCAACCACGCCGUCCGGCGCGCUGGUCAGCACCCCGGACCCGAUGGCCAACUUCUUCCUCUCGCACUCGACGCCCACCACCGCCCACGCGGCGCCGACCAGCGCCCCGGCCUCGAGCGGCGCCUUCGACCCGGCCCUCUCGAUGCCGCCCCACCACGCGCAGCAGCCCCAGGCGCCGCAGCCGCCGCCCCCGGGCCUGCACAGGCGCGACUCGGCCAACACCAACCCCAACAACAACCCCCAGACCUGCGGGCCCUCCCCUUCCCCGGGCAUGAUGCCCUCCGCCCUGACGCCGACGACGUCCUCGGCCGGCGGCGACCCGCUCCUCAACGACGCCGAGUGGUUCCACUUCGACACGCUGUGGGAGAACUGGGCCGCCACGCCGCAGCCGCAGGGCCCGCAGGGGCAGACGACAGCCUCGUCCGGGGCGCCUGGCCAUCACCAGCAGCAGCAGCAGCAGCAGCUGGCCGACCCUGCCCUGUUCGGCGACGCCGCGCUCGGCGGCUUCGACGUCUCCGGGGCGGGCGGGGGCGGGGCCCCUGCGUUUGCGACGCCGCCUCUGCCGGGCGCGCAGGGCAGUGGGGGCGCCCAUGGCGGGGGCAUUGGGAACGUGCCGCUUUACCCCAUGAUACGAUUCGCGGAGUGA